AUGCUCAGCGCCGCUCUUCGGAGGCGUAUCCUCGCGCCUACUCACCAGGCCCUGCGAUCUGGCUUCACUGCGCACGUAGUCCGCUACUAUGCGUCCUUCCCCAGCCACCAGGUGAUCAAGAUGCCCGCAUUGUCGCCCACAAUGCAGGCUGGCAACAUUGGUGCCUGGCAGAAGAAGCCCGGCGAUGCCAUCGCCCCCGGUGAGGUUUUGGUCGAGCUUGAGACGGACAAGGCCCAGAUGGACUUUGAAUUCCAGGAGGAGGGUGUUAUUGCCAAGAUCCUCAAGGAGGCUGGCGAGAAGGACGUCGCUGUCGGCACCCCUAUCGCUGUCUUGGUCGAGGAGGGCACCGACAUCGCCGCUUUCGAAAAGUUCUCUCUGGAAGAUGCCGGCGGCAGCGCCCCGGCCCCCGAGGCCAAGAAGGACUCUGAGCCUGCUCCUGAAUCAACCCCCGCCUCUACCCCUCAGUCCACCUCUGCUCCUGAGCAGUACGCUUCCCAGGGCAGACUCCAGACCGCUCUCGACCGUGAACCCAAUGCCGUCCCCGCUGCCGUCCGACUUGCCCGUUCUUCGGGUGUCAGCCUGGAUGGCGUCAAGGGCUCUGGCAAGGGAGGCAAGAUCACCGAGGAGGACGUCAAGAAGCUGGUCGCCAGCCCCGCCGUUGCCGCUCCCGGCGCCACCUUUGAGGACACUCCCAUCAGCGGAAUGCGAAAGACCAUUGCCAACAGACUGCUGGAGUCCACCCAGACCAACCCUCACUUCUACGUCAGCAGCUCCAUCUCCGUGUCCAAGCUGCUGAAGCUGCGACAGGCCCUGAACGCCUCCGGCGAGGGCAAGUACAAGCUGUCCGUCAACGACUUCCUCAUCAAGGCCAUUGGUAUCGCUUCCAAGAAGGUCCCCGCCGCCAAUGCCAGCUGGCGCGGUGAUGUUAUCCGUCAAUUCUCCACUGUCGACGUCUCUGUCGCCGUCUCCACCCCCACUGGCCUCAUCACCCCCAUUGUUACCGGUGUCGAGGCCCGUGGCCUGGAGUCCAUCUCCGCCAAGGUCAAGGAGCUCGCCAAGAAGGCGCGUGAUGGCAAGCUCAAGCCUGAGGAGUACCAGGGCGGCACCAUCUCCAUCUCCAACAUGGGCAUGAACGAUGCUGUUGAGCACUUCACUGCCGUCAUCAACCCUCCCCAGGCCGCUAUUCUGGCUGUUGGCACCACCCGAAAGGUCGCCGUGCCCGCCAAGGACGAGGAUGGUGAGACCGUUGUUGAGUGGGAUGACCAGAUUACCGUUACUGGCAGCUUCGACCACAAGGUCGUUGACGGCGCCACUGGUGCUGAUUGGAUGCGUGAGCUCAAGAAGGUUCUCGAGAACCCCCUGGAACUCCUUCUGUAA